GCCUUCGGGAACGCGGCGCGCAGGCAGCGGAGACCGCAGCGGCCGCGGAGGAGGCGGUUGCUGUGCCGGAGCUUGGGGUCGCUGCUUGAGGCGCAGGCGCCGUGGACUCAUCCCGUUCUGGUCCUUGCAUCGCUGUGGGCUCGUAAUGGCGACCCAGCAGAGGCCUUUCCACCUGGUGGUGUUCGGCGCCUCUGGCUUUACCGGCCAGUUCGUGACCGAGGAGGUGGCCCGGGAGCAGGUGUCCCCGGAGCGGAGCUCCCGCCUGCCCUGGGCUGUGGCGGGCCGUUCUCGGGAGAAGCUGCAGCGAGUCCUGGAGAGGGCUGCCGUGAAGCUGGGAAGGCCGACACUGUCAUCUGAAGUUGGAAUAAUAAUUUGUGAUAUCACUAAUCCAGCCUCACUUGAUGAAAUGGCUAAACAGGCAACAGUUGUCCUCAACUGUGUAGGACCAUACCGAUUUUAUGGAGAACCUGUAGUAAAAGCAUGUGUUGAAAAUGGAACUAGCUAUAUUGACAUCUGUGGAGAACCUCAGUUUCUGGAACUAAUGUAUUGGAAGUAUCAUGAGAAAGCUGCAGAAAAAGGGGCUUAUAUUGUUGGAAGCAGUGGCUUUGACUCCAUUCCAGCAGAUCUGGGAGUAAUAUAUACCAGAAAUAAAAUGAAUGGUACAUUGACUGCUGUGGAAAGUUUCCUGUCUAUACAUUCAGGACCUGAGGGGUUGUGCAUUCAUGAUGGUACCUGGAAGUCAGCGGUUUAUGGUUUUGGAGAUCAGAGUAAUUUGAAAAAACUACGAAAUGAGUCCAAUUUGAAGCCUGUCCCAAUUGUUGGUCCAAAAUUGAAAAGAAGGUGGCCAGUUUCUUACUGCAGAGAACUCAACAGUUAUUCCAUUCCUUUCUUGGGAGCAGAUGUGUCUGUUGUGAAGCGGACUCAGCGUUACUUGCACGAAAAUUUAGAGCAAUCACCUGUUCAGUAUGCUGCUUAUGUAACUGUGGGAGGUGUCACCUCUGUUAUUAAGCUGAUGUUUGCUGGACUUUUCUUUUUAUUCUUUGUGAAGUUUGGCAUUGGAAGGCAGCUCCUCAUAAAAUUUCCAUGGCUCUUCUCCUUUGGUUAUUUUUCAAAACAAGGUCCAACACAAAAACAGAUUGAUGCCUCAUCAUUUAUGUUGACAUUUUUUGGUCAAGGAUACAGUCAAGGCUUUGGUCCUGAUAAGAACAAACCAAAUAUCAGAAUUUGUACUCAGGUGAAAGGACCAGAAGCUGGCUAUGUGGCUACCCCCAUAGCCAUGGUCCAGGCAGCCAUAACUCUACUAACUGACGCCUCUGAUCUUCCUAAGGCGGGUGGGGUCUUCACUCCUGGAGCAGCUUUCUCCAGAACAAAGUUGAUUGACAGACUCAACCAACGUGGCAUUGAAUUUAGUGUCAUUAGCAGCUCUGAAGUCUAAACAUUUGAAUAAUUAACCGAAGUCAUAAAAUGCAUGAAUUAACAGCUUUUUAAUUUGAUAUUUGAAAUUCUUCUAUAAGCCUGUCUGACUAUAUGUGGAAAAGAUUGUCAAAUCUAAAAUAUGUAUACAGUAAAAGCAGGGAAUUGUACUAGCUUACCCUAAAUUUCAACUCUUAGCUGAUUUUUGUGAUUUUAUUGCUUGUGAGAAAAAAUUAAUAUUUGACUGACUUUUUCAUUGAAGAAUUCAAGGUCAGUUUUUUAAGUGAGCUGGAAGAUCAGAGGAUGGGAUGGGUGGCUCUAUCUGUGUUGCUGACACGCCCAGGCUGGUGGUCAUGUAAGCCGGCAACUGCUGUUUUCCUUGCCAUGAUAUUGAAUGGGAUCUCACUUCCCCAUGAAUUUCUCUGCGUAGUGUAGGCCUUUGCCAAAUGAAACUGCAGUUUUUGCUAUUUUAGCCUACUUUUUCACCCAUCCACACUGACUGAUUUUGGACUCUUACCUAAGUUUAAUAAUAAAGGAUUGUCAAUUGAACAGUG